GUUUUGGUGGAUACUCAAGUGGUAAAGGUGGAGUGUUGGUACUUCAGAAGCCUCAGACCAGAAGGUCAUGUGGACGUGAAGAUUAUUGAUGCUUUUGGGUCUGUAUUACAAGGAACAUAUGCAUGUGAUGUCCCCCGACUUGAAUAUAUGAAGACUCUCAUUUUGCCAUCCUUUGACCCCCAUAUGCAACGUGGUCAGGGUGGGAAGUUUUGGGAGACUGGGAGCUUUGACUUCCUCGGUGGAGAAGUGGAUGUGACAAAGUUACUAAAGAACAUGGAUAAGAUCUUAGUCGCUUUGAAGGACGUGGAAAACUGUCAUUGGAUACUUUGUGUUUUGGACAUGAAGAAGAAGUUCGCAUCAUACUGGGACUCUAUGAAGACCGAACGUUCGAAAAUGCACAGGAUCCAUUUGCUUAGCGAAAUGUUGAAUAAGCUAGAUGACUUGCUACUGUCGUCGAUGGAUGAUGUAUACGUAGGUCGACCGGUGUUCAAAGUUUUUGGUAUAGUCCCCGCUCCACCACUACCCCAGCAGGAUAACGGCCAUGAUUGUGGUAUUUUCGUCAUGCACUAUAUGGAGUGCAUUAUAUUUGGACAAUCUCCUCGCACCACCUACAAGGUUGACCAUAGUGAAAGAUUCCGGUUAGCAGUCAAUAUUCUUACAUCCGAUUCAAACAGGCUGUGUUUGAAGGCCGCACGAGAUGCGGCUGAUUAUUACAACACAUGUUUAAGUGAAGGUAGUCCAAGCUUAAAGAAAGGUGUUUGUCUCCCCCCAAGUCAUUCACCUUCCAUUUCCAUGCAUUCAGCAAAAAAGGGAAGAGGCCAACCCUGCUCUAACCCUCGUAAGAGAAAGAGAAAGCCAUGAAUGAGUUCCACCUUUCCUCAGUUGUGUCUGGUAGUAGGCGCUGUAGAACUAACAUGUAGGAGUUUGUUUUUUAUACCAAACAUAUUCUACCCCCUCCUACUAAAUUAUUCGUUAGUUUUGUAAAUAUUUUUUGGGAAUCAAUUUAUGUUCAGUGGGGAUGUUUUUGUUCUCCUUGUAUUCGCACAUAUGUGGAAUUAGAAUUCCAAACAGAGGACGAUUUCACUAUGGAAUUUUU